AUGGAGGACCCUGAGAAGAAGCUGAACCAGAAGAGUGACGGCAAACCACGGAAAGUACGAUUUAAAAUCUCUUCCUCCUACAGUGGCAGAGUGUUGAAGCAGGUCUUUGAGGAUGGGCAGGAAUUAGAGUCGCCAAAGGAGGAAUACCCUCACAGUUUUCUCCAAGAGUCCCUUGAACCAAUGGAUGGUGUUUAUGGGUCUGGGGAAGCCCCCAAACCCCGACCAUACUCCCCUAAGCUGACUGCUCAAAGGAUCAGCGUGUUUAGAGAGGGCAAUGCCUACGCUUUGGCAGGCAGCCAGCCUUUCUUCAAUGAUUACAAGGCGAAUGACCAUAAGUCCCCACCUAUUAUAGAUUUUGGAAAGAUCAUCAUCUACACGAAUAACUUGAAAAUCAUUCGAACCCCAAUGGACAAGAGAGACUUCAUGAAGAAAAUUCUCCAGAAGGAAGAGGAGGCUGAGGAAGAGUCUCUGAUGAGCAAAGAAGAAAUCAAUGGAGACCGUGACCAGAACGACAGGCAUUUGCCAGACGCGGAAUGCACAUUUCCCCAUAACCGGUACCCACAGGAAGGGGAGCUUCCCGAGGACAACUGCUUUCACUGCCGAGGGUCGGGCAGUGCCACCUGCUCUCUGUGCCAUGGCAGCAAGUUCUCCAUGCUGGCCAACAGAUUUAAGGAGUCCUAUCGGGCCCUGCGCUGCCCUGCCUGCAAUGAGAAUGGCCUGCAGCCUUGCCAGAUUUGCAAUCAAUAGCCCGUGGCUUUGUACGUCCGCUGUGAUCGCAUCCUUCCUGAAGCUAUUUCUAAUAAACUGCCCCCUCCUUCUCUUCCCUCUCCCAGCAAGGAAGCCACAGUGGCUGUGACCACUUCCUCCACUGGCAGAACUCAAUCACUUGAUGACAUUUCAUAAGGCUAGGAGCAUCUCCGUCUGGUUCUAAGUGGCAGAGGCAUUUUUGAAUUAGAGUCUGCUUUGAAACGGGUUCUAAAAUUAUCCUUCCAGGAAUGUGUGCGUGCAUCCUACUUGACUUAGCUCAGGUUUUUUCCCUGCACUAGUGAGCAAAUACAUGUACAUUUCAGGCUGCAGGUUUAAGUCCUUUUCUGGUUGGGAGUUAUUUUGCAAAAUUAUGCAGUGAGAAAGGAAUAAAAAAAGGCAGGUUUCUGAUGAACUGAAUUCCUGUAGCUUAUAAUGCAUUUCAAAUCAUUAUUGGUCAGAUUGAAUUUUUAAUUAAGCAGAAGAGGAAAGGGAUGCCCGAUGCGGAAUGUACUCACAGGCCACCGAAAACAAAACAACAUGUAUGUGCUUCAUGCUGGAGAUAGGCAAGCUGAGAAGGCCUUUCUUUCCAAGU